AUGCUAGCGGCCCCUCGCACUGCACUAUUCUGUUUUCGUCCAUUUACAACAAAUGCUGCUCUUUUAUCCGCAAAACAUUUGGCUAGUGACAGACUCUUUGCAGAUGCGGCUCGAGAAGAAACAGCAUCACCCCAGCAAAAGUCGUCACCUCUUACGGCCCUAGAGAAUGAGCCCGACAACUGGACAGGAAACGAAAGUAUGCAAGAUGCCGUGCUUCGUAUGCUUAUUGACAAAUACAAGCCUUUGCGGAGCGGUACCAUACAGUCUGCAGACCAGAAACUGAAACGAACACCGCCUGCAAUCAGCUCUACUGGGGCAUUUAAUGGCGCUAUGGAAGAGUUUCAAGCUGUAUCUAAGGGGAAUGCCCCAUCUUCACCCAAGCUGUUGCAGCCUUCUACAGGUUCAUGGGCAACAGAGCCUUUACUUCCGUCGACGGAAGGACAUAGGCCAUGGCAUACCGAAUUCAAGGUCCCUUCUCAUGUCAGCGCUUCCGUCAAAGUUGCCCAUUUUCCUUUGCAAUCUUCGCGCCCAUCAGCCCGAGCCGACUCUGUUGAUGAACUCGCGAGGAAAAAAGAGAAAGAUUCGAAGAAGCGGAUCGAGCAUAUCGGGAGGCUGAAUCGCGCACGAGAAUCUACUUUAGACUAUCGUCUCGGGAUCAAGAAGGGGAUGGGAAGACGGCCGAAUCCUGUCAGUCUGAAAGGAUGGGCUUCGCUGGUCGAAGACAAGAUAGAGGUAUCCCGUAUUGCCGGUGUCUUCAAUACUAUCAAGGGCCGCGGUCAACCUAUGGCCCGAACUGUCGAAGAGAGCAAUCCAUUCAUUGGCCGUGAGGAGUUUCUCAUGAACCGUAUAGUUCAACGAAACGGGGCGGCACCUCCAUGGGUUGAGCUGCAAGGGGAGCUCGAUAUAGCCGUCCAGUCAUUUCGAGAUCUCUUGCGCCAGUCUUGGAUUCGCCAAACCCUUCGCGACCUCACCACCCACCACCCGGCUCCGAUACUUGCCCAAUUCACCAUAAGCGAUGUGAGACGCCAUAGAGACCCUGAUUGGGAACUCCGGGAACUCACGUAUCAUGACGCCGCUGUGGAGGAGGUAAACGCGUUAGUCCGGAAGUAUAACGGGCUAGCGCCGUACGCUGUGCGGCGGCCCUAUUACGAUCGAAGCGUAGAAAUAGGGAAGCUGUAUGAAGACUGCGCAGGUGAAAUUAUGAAACAGCUGGCAGAACGAAUGAACUGUGUGCACGGCAGUGGAUAUCGUCCGGGGAUAGAACAUGAAGCUGGGGAGGUGGUUAAAAGGAUUGGGCUCAAAGAGCUUUUCCUUGCUUGGUGGUAUAGGUUGGUCGGCUUGUGGAAUUCGUACACCUAA